AGGGCCAAGUAGUGAAUUUCUUUAACUGGAGAAACAUAUACUAGAUUAGGUGUCACUACUGCCUAGCUACUACUGGGUGAUUUGUUUUGUGGUGCAAAUGGCCUAUAAAUACAGCUGCGGCUUGAUGCGUUUCUUCUUCAUCAGCUUCUUCUUCUUCUUCUUCUUCAUCAUUAUCUUUAGAGUUUGAGAGAUUGAUCAAUUGGGUUCAGAGCAAUGACGAAGAGAUUUGCUUUCAAGGAGAAGGAGAUGGCACGCGUGCUUCUGCUUGUGUCGCGGGAGCAGGCGAAGCCCAUGCCGAUGCCGAUGGCGGUGCGUGGAGACCGCGCCCCGGAGCGGGUGUUCGUGUGCAAGACGUGCGACCGCGUGUUCCCGUCUUUCCAGGCGCUGGGCGGGCACCGGGCCAGCCACAAGAAGCCGCGGCUGGACGACGGCGGCGACCUCAAGCCCAAGCUGCACGGAUGCUCCAUUUGCGACCUCGAGUUCGCCAUCGGCCAGGCGCUCGGCGGCCACAUGCGUCGCCACCGCGCUAUGGCCAUGGGAGGUGGCGUCAUGGCCAUGCCGCUGCCGGCAGUGAUCAAGAAGCACAGCGGCGAUAAUCACGCUGUUGUCGGCGAAAAGCGCGGGCUGUGGCUCGACCUGAACCAUCCACCUUGCGACGAGUACGGCUCCGGCAGCGAGGGCGAUGACGAGUGCAGCCACGACGCAGCUGCUGCCGGGUACACGUUCCACCAGUUUCUGGAUACCACCAUCAUGGCGGUGGACUGUGUCUAGCUACCCCAUCUCCCACUCCGUUGCCGGGUUUUUGCCGGAUAGUACAAUAUUUUCCUGUGUGUACUUUGGUAGUAACCUUUUCUUUUCCUUUUUCAUGCAUGGAUAAAUCCAUAUUUUGUAGAGAGUAGAUGAGUGCUCAGUGAAAGGCAUGCCAUGGCACAUAAAUCAUUUCUUUGAGAUGAUUAACUUAGUGCUUAAUUUGGUGGCUUUGGAGGCUCACCAGAGCUAUUUCCCUCAGGUUUUCCGGUUACUAUUUGCCCGGUUAUUAUUGGCAAAAAACCUUUGGUCAAGUGCCUCAACAUGUAAUUAUCUA